AUGACUUCUCAAUACAGCCUACUCCCUUCUUACCAAAUGCACCAAGCGUUGUUAGCUAAAAGUGUUUCUAUACCAAUGGAAAUGUCGGAUUACGACUCUGAUGAUUCUCUUCCAAGUUAUGACAUGGAUUCGGAAAGCUGUUCACUUAGAUACCCAAGCAGCAUCUCGACUUAUGCAUCAAAUAAUGAAUCAACGGUAAUUUCUUCGAAUGAUGUAGUUGGAGAUACUAUUCUUGAUGUACACCAUCAACUUAAGGUUCUGAAAUGUAAUCUGCAAAUAAAAAUGGAGAUUCAUUUGACUGAAAGUCCAGGUAUUCCAGGUGUCGAACCUACUUACAUUGAAAACCAUGAAUAUAAUCAAGGGGAUUUAGUAUGCGGAUAUGUGGUUAUUGAAAGCAAUUCAAAUAUACCUAUAGCAUUUACCAUGAUAUAUAUUCUACUUGAAGGAAAUAUAGUUCGAGGCGAAAUAUUUGAUUCAUCUAAGAAAAGAACAUCAAACUUUCUUCAAGUGGUUGAUCUUGUUGCUUCGUCUCAUAAAGUGAAUAUUGAUAAACUUCCAGAAAUUGAUCGAGUUGAUAACACACAUCUUCAAUUUGGUCUUAAUGAUUUUUUAUACCCAGGUAUCAAAUACAAGAGAUUCUUUUCAUUCAGGAUUCCACAUAACUUGCUUGAAUCUAAUUGCAAGAAUCCCAAUUUAUCUCAACACUUAAGACUUCCACCUUCUUUUGAUAGCUUGGCUUUCUUAAACACAUCAAUUAAAUAUUCUGUACAUGCGAGAUGUAUUGCUCCCGAUACAAAUACUCGAGAAUACUAUUCUUUACAAGAUUCGGAAAGAGAAGUACGUAUUGUACCUACAAAAGUUAAGAUGAGUUCAAUUGAAGAUUUAUUCCUCAAAGCACAAGUAAAGUAUUCUUUUGAUAACUUGUUCAACAAAAUUCGAAGGGAUAUUCAAAUCAUGAAAGAAAUUCGUGGUAUGGUACCUGCUGCCAAAAUAUACAAAUAUAGAAAAAAUGAAACAGCUCAACCUCAAUUUACAUUCUCUCCUGAUGUUUAUAAUGUCACUUCUCAAUUGAUGAAAAGGUCGAUUAGUGGAUCGAAAAAUUAUGGCAAUAUUAGAUUGUCGGUACCAGCUGUUGAAAAAGUGAUACCUUACAUACCGCAAAGAGAAUAUCGAUCAAAUGACAGCGUUCCACCUCAUAUAUUGAAUUCGUGGAAGAUCAGCUUCCCAGUGGAGCUCAUCUUAACUACUUCUUCCAAGGUAAAACCCCCUAAAAUCAAGCUGAUCUGUUCCUCACUUGUAAUAGUGUCGUUUGCGACAUCUUCAGAGGAUAGUAUUCCUCUAGAGUUUGACUCUGAUAUGAUAUUCAAUAAUUCCACAGGAGAAAACUUUUCUUCUAUCGUACAGCGUCCAAUUUCUGACCUUUCAACUCAAUUGAUGGAACAAAUCAAAGAGACUGAAGGUGUCCAUUGUGAUAAGUACCUCCUAGAUGAAUUGAGAAGUAUAGGCAACGUAAGACAGAAAACUGUUUCAUUACAACUUGAUGACGUGAAAGUAUCACCCAACGCUGGCCGGUGGUCAAUGAAGAAUGGACAACCUGUAGCGAACUUUAUGGUAUACUUGGAUCUUGCUUCUGCUUGCCUAAAUAACGCACGAACAGAUAAGGGUAAACGAUCAUUUGAUUUAUAUUCACUUGUCCCAGAAUUUCAACACUGCAAAAUCGCUCAAAUGUACUAUAUCGAAACAAACUUCAUCUUAAACAAUGGUACUUCUAUGUCAAUUAAGCUACCACUUUCUAUUCAAAAACACUAAAAGAUUUACAUGAAAAAGAACAAAAAGUUUAUAGAUAAAGUUAAAAAUACAACACAUUAUAUAAAUCAACUGAGUUAGUAUAAG